AACCACACACCACCCCUCCGACCCCAUUAGCGGAUGAAAUGAACCUGUAAGCACUUGGGACAGGACCCAGCAAGCAGAAAGCACUUAUUGUGGUGCUUGUUACCAGUAACCCAUGUGGAACUCUGCCUGUGCUUACCUGGGCAGAGUGUGGGAUGUGGCCUGGGCAGGAUGUGGCCAUGGGCAUCUGGCCCUACAGGUUCCUCCGCCAGACCAUUUCCAUUGCACCGCACCCCGACCUCCUGCCCCCACCAUCGCUCCAGCCCUCACCCCAAACUCCCUAUGACCUCCGAGGCUGGCGGCUUUGGCAGCCCCAGAAAGGGGCGCCAGGCACCCUGUUACCCAGGUGGGGUUGCCGCUUCCUGUUCCGAUGCUGUCUCCGGGUCUCCCUGGGGUCUGGCAUCUCUGCGAGGCCCCAUCUCUGGCUCCAGGUCUCUCUCUGUCCUCCACUGCCCCUCCCCCUCCCCACUAGGUUUCCGGAACAGGAAACAUCAGGAUCCCAAGGUUGGGUCCCAGGUGAGGGCGGAGGAGAAGGAAGUAGCAGAGGCAGAGCUUCUCCUCCCACCCCCACCGCCUAGCUGAGAGUGGGGGUGGGGAGAAAGAGGGGGCUUCAUUAAUGAACCUCUAAUUCGGCCAUGCGGGAUCUUAACGAGGUGGAUGGGCCUCAUUAGAGAGCAAGAGCCCUGGCAUUAGUGCCUGUGUCACACCCCUCUCCCGGGGCUGGUGUCUGGAUCCUCAGCGGCCCUGGGAAAUUGGGGCAGGAGGCUUGGGAAACGGAACAGGUCCGGGGCUGGACUCCUGCCUUCAGAGAGAAGGAGGGGCUGGGCCCUGGACUCCCGGGCCUGAGGGAGGAGGGCCCGGGGGCCCCGAUCCGUCCCCCAACACACCCCUCUCCGAAAUGCCAGUCGACGGGCUCCGCCCUCUCCCGCCCCGGGUUAACCCCGAGCCUGGCGGAGGAGCCGGGACAGUUGCCCAGACCCGACGGAUGGAGGAGGUGCGGGACCCACAGGCGCUUGGCGGCGGGAUGGAGGCGGACGAGCCCGCGAGCCCCCAGGAGCCGCCGUCGCCGCCGCCACCCCCGUCGCCGCUGGCGCCCGCGGCCCCCGAGACCCCCGAGCUCCCCACGCUCGAUCAGCCGACCGAAGCCUACGCACGGCAGCUGCUGCUGCAGGAGUGGGCGCCGCCGGGCGGGAGCCUGGAGCUGCCCCCGCGCCUCACUUGGAAGCUGCUCUUCCUCCGGCGGCCGCUGUACCGCAACCUGCUGCGCUCGCCCAACCCCGAAGGCAUCAACAUUUAUGAGCCUGCGCCCCCUACUGGUCCCACCCAGCAGCCUCUGGAGACGCUCGGCAAUUUCCGCGGGUGGCACAUUAGGACUGAGAAGCUCCAACAGAACCUCAGCUGGACAGUGAAGCAGCAGUGUGUGGACCUUCUGGCCGAGGGCCUGUGGGAGGAGCUACUGGAUGAUGAGCAGCCACACAUCACUGUCAUGGACUGGUAUGAGGACAGCCAGCUGGACACAUGUGUGUAUGAGCUGCAUGUCUGGCUGCUGGCAGCUGACCGCCGCACAGUCAUCGCCCAGCACCACGUGGCUCCCCGGACCUCUGGGAGAGGCCCCCCGGGCCGCUGGGUCCAGGUGUCCCACGUCUUCCGCCACUAUGGCCCCGGCGUCCGCUUUGUCCACUUCCUGCACAAGACCAAGAACCGGAUGGAGCGUGGUGGGCUGCGGCGGACCAGGGCGACCGACUCUUCUGUGUCUGUGCAAUUCCGGGAGUGACUGGCCGAUCCCAGCCCGUUCUGAUCCCUUGUCUCAUCCACCCAGCCCUUGACACCUCCCUUAGCAUCUUCAUGUUCCUUGGCCACUUCUGAUGUCUUAGCAUCUCUCCAACCCCAGAACAGCUCCCUGACCCUGGAAGGCCCUGACCCUGAGCCCCUCCUUGACCCUUAAGCUCCACUAUGUUCUCUUGGCACCUCCCCGCCCUCUCCACACCGUCACGACCCCUCAGCUGCUCCUGGGUCAUGUACCACCUCCCCCACCCCUUAAGCCUGCCUGGGCUUUGGUUUCUCUUUUUGACAUCGUCAUGCAUCUUGGACUCUCUGACUCUCUGGCAUUUUCCCUGCACUCUCUGAGCUCCCUGAGGGCAUUGGCCACUUCUUCCUGAGUCAGUGCUUCACAGAUAGUAGGAGCUCAAUAAAUCUUUGUCGACUGAAUGAAUAAA